AUGGAGGCACAGUCCUAUUGCGCGAAGCUCUUGGGGGAGUUGAAUGAGCAGCGGAAACGAGACUUUUUCUGUGACUGCAGCAUCAUCGUGGAAGGGCGCAUCUUCAAAGCCCACAGGAACAUUCUGUUCGCUAACAGUGGCUACUUCCGCGCCCUGCUCCUUCACUACAUCCAGGACAGCGGGCGGCACAGCACAGCCUCCUUGGACAUAGUCACCUCUGACGCCUUCUCCACCAUCCUAGACUUCCUCUACUCUGGGAAGUUGGAUCUGUGUGGCGAGAACGUGAUUGAAGUCAUGUCAGCUGCCAGCUACCUGCAGAUGAAUGACGUGGUCAACUUCUGCAAGACAUAUAUCAGGUCAUCCCUGGACAUCUGCAGAAAGAUGGAGAAGGAGGCCGCUGUGGCGGCGGCAGUGGCGGCGGCGGCCGCGGCGGCAGCUGCAGCUCAUCACAUAGACAUUGAGAGUCCAAGUUCAGGACUGGAGGGGACUUCCUGUGGCACUAAGAACUUUGUCUCCUCCCCAGUAGACGGAGAAGGGAGUCUGGAUUGUACAAGAUCAUCUCCUUGUGAUGACUGCCAUCCCUUGGAGCUGGUGUCGAAAGACAGCCAGGGCUCUGGUGCCUCCGACAGUGACUUUUGUAUUGUGCCCAGACGGGUUGAACCUAAGGUGGAAUUCGAUGUUGCCAGAGUGGAGGUGGAGGCUGACGAACAACUGCAGCAGUACGCCGCCCCACUGGCCCAUGCCGAGGAAGGUCUGCCCAGUAACCAGGCCUUGGAUCUGACGUACAGUAGCUACCACAUGAAACAGUUCCUGGAGGCUCUCCUGCGCAAUGGUGCUGUCCAGAGCAAAGAUGACGCGGAUCAUCACUUUUCUCGUGGCUUGGAGGGAAGACUGGAAGGUCCAGGAGUGCCCAUGAGUUCCGUGAUGGACGUUCAGAACGACUGGUAUAGAGAAGACUCAGGUGACGUGCUGGUGGUCCCCAUCAAGCUCCACAAGUGUCCUUUCUGCCCUUACACUGCCAAGCAGAAGGGCAUCCUCAAGCGGCACAUCCGGUCACACACUGGCGAACGGCCUUAUCCCUGCGAGACGUGUGGCAAGAGGUUCACGAGACAGGAGCACCUUCGGAGUCACGCCCUGAGCGUCCACAGAUCCAGCCGUCCAAUUAUCUGCAAAGGCUGUCGAAGAACCUUUACAAGCCACUUGUCCCAGGGGCUGAGGCGCUUUGGGCUGUGUGACAGCUGCACCUGUGUCACAGACCCCCACGAUGAAGAUGACGACCUGAUGCCUGUCAACCUUAGCCUGGUGGAGGCUUCUGAAAGCCACGAGAAGAGCGACACAGACGACUGGCCCAUCUACAUAGAGUCCGGUGAGGAGAACGACCCGGCUGCUGAUGAUUCUGACGACAAACCACACAUUCGGCCCAACUUACCAGCCCCAGAGACACUUACAUAG